GCAUUCUGAUGGACAAAGACUGUGCAGCUUUUGUGCAUUUUCCAACGCUAAGCUGACAGAGGGCGCGAGCCGAACUUUAAUUCUGAAAUUUAUGACGAACCAGGAAGUGGAGCAAAAAAGGUUCUUUCCGGUUCAGGACAAUAAGAGGACAAGCAUGACUCGACACGGGAAAAACUGCACCGCAGGAGCCGUGUACACUUAUCACGAGAAGAAGAAAGACACCGCCUCUUCUGGUUAUGGGACACAAAGUGUGCGUUUGGGGAAGGACGCGAUCAAAGAUUUUGACUGCUGCUGUCUCUCCUUGCAGCCCUGCAGGGACCCCGUCGUCACUGAAGAUGGAUACUUGUAUGAAAAAGAAGCCAUCCUGCAAUACAUCCUUCACCAUAAAACAGAAAUUGCCAAGAAAAUGAAGGCAUAUGAGAAGCAGAAACAGGCUCUAAAGAGUGAAGGCCAGCUGGAGUCCAAGUCUGAGGAGCGAGAGAGAGCUGAGAAGUUCAAACAGAGAGAGAACAACAUUGUCUCCAAGCCAAUCAACCCCUUUACCUCAGAGAAAUCUGAGGACGAAGGAAGCCAGAAGAGCUCAAGCAGCGCCUCCAGUUCUGACACAGGAGCGUCCAGUUCCUCUUCAGCUCUGCCCAGCUUCUGGAUCCCCAGCCUCACACCAGAGGCCAAGCCCACCCUGCUUAAAAAACCAUCAAAGACAGUGUUGUGCCCCAUGUCAGGACGUCCUUUAAAGAUGAGUGAUUUGAUUUCAGUGCGCUUCACUCCGCUGGACUCCAGUCUGGACAGAGUGGCCCUCCUCACACGCCAAGACAGAUACGUGUGUGCAGUAACCAAAGACACGCUUGGGAACUCUGUGCCCUGUGCAGUUCUUAGACCCUCGUGAGUUUGACUUUUAAACUGUUUACUCAGCAAGAAUUGAUCUGACUUUAUACAUUUUCAUACAUUUAGGCCGUGCCCCCCUCACU